GCUGAUUCGUGACGUCACGGAUCUUAUAACCAAACUGAUAACCACACUCGCUUGAACGGAUCGGGUUUGACUUUGAAGAAAACUUGAAGUUUUUAAUUCGCGUCCUAUGUCUGACAAAUAUGACAUGGUUGACAAGACAAUUGACGACGUGUAUUGUCGACUUGUCGACAACGUUAGUGACAAAGUAGAAGUACUCUUGUUUUCUAAAACCGGCAGAAUGGGCCUACAAAGAAAUUCCAACUUAAAUAAGACGUUGCUGAUAUUUUCUGUAUUUGUGUGUGAAACUAUUAGUUCUCAAGUACCCAGGCCCAGAGGGGUAUCUUUAUCUCGCGCUUCCCUGUACCCCCCGGAUAAGGACUUCACGUGUUUCGAUGGCAGUGCAACCAUGCCAUUUUCUAAGGUAAACGAUGAUUACUGUGAUUGCUACGAUGCCAGCGACGAGCCUGGCACUGCAGCUUGCCCCCACGGUAUAUUUUACUGCACUAACGCGGGGUACAAACCUAUGAACAUCCCUUCAAACAGGGUCAAUGAUGGGAUUUGCGACUGUUGUGAUGGUACCGACGAAUAUGCAAGUGGCGCAGAAUGUGUGAACAAUUGCGCUGAAUUGGGGAAAAGUGCUAGAGAAGCAGCUCAACUUAGAGCUGAGCUAGUUAAGGCUGGGAGGCAGGUUCGUGCAGAGAUGAGCCAGAAAGGUGUAAAUGCUAAAAAUGAAAAACAAAAUAAACAUCAGGAACUUCAAAAAAAUAAAGAAGAUGCAGAGAAGUUGAAAGAAGAAAAGGAGUAUUUGAAGAAUGAAGCAGAGAAAUUAGAGAAUGCUGCAUUAGAAUAUUACAGGAAACUUGAGGAGGAAGCAAAGAAGAAAAAAGUUGAAGAAGAAGCAGCUAAAAAUAGAGCUGAGGCAGAAGAAACAUUCAAAAAGUUAGAUUCUAAUCAAGAUGGUCUUGUAAGCAUUGAAGAACUACAAACAAGAACUAGUUUUGAUAAAGAUCAUAAUGGUGAAGUAUCACCUGAGGAAGCAAAAUGGUUCUUAAAUGACCAAGAACAGGUUGACUUGGAUGCAUUCAUUAAUAGUUGUUGGACCUCUGUUAAGCCAUACUUGUUGAUGGAUUCAGGAAUGUACACACCUCCUUCUCCUGAUGAUACAACUGGAAGUGAAGCCCAAGACAUGCAGGAAGGACAACAUGAAGGAGAAUCAGAAGGUAAUGAAGAUGAAGAGGAAGAAACAGAAGAUGAUGAGGAUACUGAGGAACAUGAAGCACCUGAACCAGUACAUGAAGAAUAUUCUGUGACAUAUGAUGAAGAGACUCAAAAAUUGGUAGAUCAAGCAAACACUGCCAGAACUGCUUUCCAAGAUGCUGAGGCUCAGGUUAGGGAUAUCGAGAGCGAGUUGCAAAGAAUUCAAGAAUACUUAGAGAAAGAUUUUGGACCUGAGGAAGAGUUUGCUCCGUUGCAAGGGCAGUGUUUUGAGUAUCAUGAUCAUGAAUACAUUUACAAGUUAUGUCCAUUUGAUAGGACAUGUCAACAACCAAAAAGUUCCUCUUCAGAGACAAGACUGGGUACAUGGGGUCACUGGUCUGGUCCUGAAUCUAACAAAUACCAUGCUCAGACCUAUGAUAAAGGUCAAAUAUGUUGGAAUGGACCAGCGCGUACUACUAUAGUAAACAUAGAUUGUGGUAGUGAAAAUAAAAUAAUUUCUGUCUCAGAACCAAAUAGGUAAGUGUGAAAUAAUCAUAUUUGGAUUCAACAUCUCACUUAUCUUUAAUUUACUACACUUUAUUUCGCGGCUUUUGACGGGUCACAGGAAAACAACUGGCAUCACUUUUAUACAUCCAUCUCCCUCACACAUGAAACAAAUGUUUGUUUUUCUUUAGCUUCAUCUCGCCAUCUCGAAAAUUUUCUCGCCAACGUAUGAAUAUUCCUAAUCUAAGCGUGUGAUUGUGAAAACUUACUUGACAUGAGCGUAUCAUUUUGAGUUUACUUUUUAUGAUAUUGAUAAUGUAAAUGUAUUUUGAGAAAGUGAAUGAAAGUAGUGCACCUUUAAUAAAUUUAUGUGUUUAAGAGCAGUUGCAUUUAGGAUUGGUUUGCCCCAGUGUAGUUUUCUUCAGGAGGUUGAUCCCUGCAUAUGGUUCAGUUAGUCGAUUUGCUUAUUUAUUUGGUAUGGCAUUGAUGACGUAACCGCCAAAAACCAUGAAAAGAACUACACAAUUCUAACUUCAAAAGUCAAAGUUGAACACAAACCAACAUACAGGGAGGCCCAAAAGUCAGGUUCACUGCGCUUUUUCGAGGUGCGGGACAGACAAGCGCAGUGUUCACGAAGAACUGACCAGCGGGAAACAGUUAAAUGAAUGCAAGUAGAGCGUAGUUAACAGGUGCUUCAAACGUAAUUCAAGAGUUUUGUAAAAGUGAACGAGAAAGCCAGAUUUCAUUGAGUGAACUGCAAGUGUGUACGCGUUUGUGUAACAUGUACGAUUUAGAGGAACGUGUUUUCAUGGGUGUCAAAGUGUGUUACAGUUGUGGGAAAAUAAAGGUAGUGUCCAACCCGUCGGCAUAUCAAUAGAACCGUGAAGAAAUUUGUACGUAUUGAUACCGUAAAGGACGCUCCGCGCUCAGGACCACCGCAUUCAGUAGACACGCCGGACAAUCAUGAACAGGUAGCUACAAUGUUGGUAAAAGCACUAUCGACAUCGACCCGAUAUCACGUGCGUCAUGCCAACGCUUAGCAACCGGAUAAAAUUUAAAUGUUAUAAUUGCAUUACAGUUGCGAAAAUUAAUGUUGAACGAAUACGAGCACGACCCAGACAUUUUCGGAAAAAAAAAAUUGUGGAGCGAUGAAGCGCAAUUUACAUUAAACGGAUUUGUCAAUCGUCAUAAUUGUGUCUAUUACGGCAUGGAAAAUCCGCACUUAAAAUACGAACAAUAGUCGAAUCAGCCUGGUUUGACUGUGUGUGGUGGCAUGAGUCUCGCAGGACGGACACAUAAAAAUUAUCGAACAUUUUCAAAUUAUUAAAAAAGUAUUAUUACAUUUUUGGAAAAAACAGCAGAGUUUGGUUUUACAUUUGCAACAAGUGCUCUCAGGCACGCUUCCGUUUUGAAACACCAUUUGGCUGCAACCUCAGCGACGACUCCUGAUGAUUCCAUAGCGUGCCGAAAGCUUGAGAUUACCGUUAAAAGAGUUUACUAAGCCUAAAGUUUGCCAAUUUCCCAGUUUAUAUAUAUAUACACACGAGUAUAUAUAUACGUAGUCGUGCCAUAAGUUCUGUCCCAUGAUAAUCUCAUGAUAAAAAUGAAACAAGAUAAGAUAUAUUUAUAUGAAAGAUAUUAUUUAUUCGACAUUUUUAGAAUUCAUAAUCAAACAGUUUUAUUCAAAAUGUCCCCCCUUGG